AGGAUAGAGCCACCUCUGCCUCUGGCCUCAGACACUGCCUGCCGCACCCGCGCCCGGAGAAGAGCCAACGAUACCUCGACGGCGUCGCCCAUGGCCGCCGCGUACGACCGCACGGCCGACCUCCGCGCGCUGGACGCCACCUGCUCCGGCGUCCGCGGCCUCGUCGCCUCCGGCGUCACGCAGCUCCCCCGCAUCUUCCGCGUCCCCGACGACGUCCACCAGCCACGACCACAACCACCGCCACCGCAAGCCCCACCCCAAGAACCGCCGUCCUCGUCAGCGGCAACCGUCCCGGUUAUUGAUCUCAACGGCGACGACCGUGACGACGUGGUCGCGGCCGUCCGCCGGGCCGCGGCGGAGUGGGGGUUCUUCCAGGUGACGGGGCACGGGGUGCCGGAGGCGGCGAUGGCAGCGGCGACGGACGCGGUGCGGGGCUUCCACGAGGCCGACGGCGGCGAGGGCAGCGACAAGGCCAGGCUCUACUCGCGCGAGCCGGCGAGGGCGGUCAAGUACCACUGCAACUUCGACCUGUACCAGUCGCCGGUGGCGAACUGGCGCGACACGCUCUACCUCCGCAUGGCCCCCGACCCGCCCGACGCCGGCGACCUGCCGGACAGCUGCCGCGAUGCUCUGUUUGAAUACGCCAAACAAGUGAAGAAUUUGGGGAGCACUCUAUUCGAGCUGCUCUCGGAGGCUCUUGGGCUCAAACCGAGCUACUUGACCGAUAUAGAGUGCAACCAAGGACAGAUCAUACUCUGCCACUACUACCCUCCGUGCCCCCAGCCCGAACUCGCCAUCGGGACAAGCCGGCAUUCAGACUCCGGCUUCCUGACCAUACUUCUCCAAGAUGAAAUCGGAGGCCUCCAGAUCCUCCAUGAGGACCGGUGGGUAGAUGUCACGCCAACACCUGGAGCAUUCAUUGUCAACAUCGGCGAUCUCCUACAGCUGAUCUCCAACGACGGGUUCAGGAGUGUGGAGCAUAGGGUGUCGGCGAAGAACGCUGCGCCGAGGGUCUCGAUCGCGUGCUUCUUCAGCACGCAUUUCCACCCUGCCUCAACGAGAAUGUACGGUCCGAUCAAGGAGCUGCUGUCCGAUGAGAACCCGCCAUUGUACAGGGAGACCCUCGUCAGAGACUACAUCAAACAUUACUAUUCCAUCGGGUUAGAUGCAAAAACUGCUAUCUCUGAUUUCCGGUUGUGAAUUGUGAAGGAGAGUUUGUGUCCUCAUAGUACUAUACACUAUAUCAAUGUACCUGGAACAUUGAUAAGUUGAGCAGUUUGUAAUGCUAGAAAAAUGGCAGUACAAGUGCCAUUAUAUUGUAUUGUAUACAUUUGGUACAGGGGUGAUUAUAUUGUGUACAUUUGGUAUAGAAGGGCACUAGUUUGGUA